AGUUAGAACGCUGGCUUCCAAUCAUCCAUACUACGGUUAUAUAUAGCUACCGCUGCAGUAGAUCAAGUUUCUGAAAAGAUUCUAAAAAUGACAGAUUGAGAUCGGACAUUUUUGGAUGGACUUCUUGGUAGAUCUUAGCCCAACGCCGAGGUUAUUCUAGAUAUAGUAUCGGCACACUACUGUAAUAAUUUGGAGAAUUUCAAAAACACAAGUUUCAUGACUAUUCAAUGGGGUAAUUUAUUUCCCUGGACCGGAAGCUAAAAUAAUGGAUGACAACAACCCGGAAAAUAUUGGAAUUGAUAAACCGAAACUUUAUGAAUCUCUAAACAACAUAACCCCAGAAAAAGAUCUGGUGACCAGUGAAGAUGAGUCAAGGUCAAGUGCGGAAGAAGAGUUGCAAUGGCGAGAAAACAUCGAAGAACCACAAUUAGAGUUUGAUGAAACAGGACUAGAGCUAGCAGCCGCUGCAGUACAGAAUGAUGUUACGGUACAAUGCCCAGAUUAUUGGGAACUUAUGGCAGAGCUUGCCAAAGAAGAGGCAGAGAAUCAGAGUAUGUUUAGGACAGGAGCUAUCACACCCGAUGGUCUUAUUGAUGAAGACUUUGAAGAUGAACUAGGAUCUCCUUGUGAGGAGGUAGUGAAUGAUACAAGUAAAGAGUCUGAGUUCCAAGACAUUUCGCGCUACUCUAUUGUUCAGGUAGCAGGAGAUGAUAACUACGGUCGUAAAGUGAUAGUCUUUUCUGCAUGUAGGCUACCUCCUUGUAAGGACUUAGACCACCAGCGACUUUUAGACUACCUGAAACACACUUUAGACCAGUAUGUUGAGAGUGACUACACACUUGUCUACUUUCAUCAUGGCUUAACAAGCAAAAAUAAACCAAGCCUUCGCUGGCUUCUUCAGGCCUACAAGGAAUUUUCUAGAAAAUACAAGAAAAACUUAAAAGCAUUUUAUGUAGUCCAUCCAACAAACUUUAUUAAAGUGCUUUGGAACAUAUUUAAACCUGUUAUCAGUGCAAAGUUUGGUAAGAAAGUAAUGUAUGUGAACUACCUACAUGAGCUCCAAAAAGAUUUACAUUUUGAUCAACUAUCAGUUCCAAAUAGAGUCCGAGAAUAUGAUGCCCUCCAUCUUGCAAAGAACAAACCUAAAGUGCCAUCCCUAACAGCUAACUUCUAUCGACAGUCAUCAACGCUACAAUUUGGAGCAUCGUUAAAAUUUAUAAAAGAGCAUCACAACAAUGAGGUGAUUCCUCCUGUCAUGGAGGAGACGAUAGCUUACAUACGUAAGACAGGCAUGCACACUGAGGGAAUAUUCCGAAGAUCCGCUAAUGCAACCACAUUGAAAGCAGUACAAACUAAGUUCAACCAAGGUGAACAAGUUGACUUUGACCAGAUGGGAGAUGUGCAUGUUGCUGCAGUCAGCCUGAAAACAUUCCUGAGGGAACUGGAAGAGCCUCUCAUUACAUUUGACCUCUAUGAUGCGGUCAUCAAAAUACAAUCCCUUGAUUCAGAAGAGAGGGUACAUGAGAUAAAGCGUCUCCUGUAUGAUGAGCUCCCUGAAGAUAACUUCCUAGUCUUGAAAUACCUGAUUCGCUUUCUAAAUGAGGUAUCUACCCAUAGUGAUGUUAACAAGAUGACUGCAUCAAACAUUGCAAUAGUGUUUGGUCCUAACUUAGUAUGGAGCAAGAAUCAGGUGUCUCUGUCUGCACUUGGACACAUCAACCUGUUCACAAACAUUCUCAUAGAGCAAUACAUCCACAUAUUUGAGGAUGAAUAUGUUGGCAGUGAGGAUGAUGAGAUGGGUGGCAAAUAUUAGCAGAUUAUGGACUGAAUUAUUUUCAAAAACAUUAUUAUAUUAUUUAUAUACAAACAUACUCCUGGUAAUAUUCACAUAUGUAAAUCUGAGCUCACAUAAAGUCUGAGAAACUCGAAAAUCUGCCUUUAAUACUAAACAUUCAACAGUUUGAAUCUACUCAAAUCUAUGAAUACUAUAUAAGCAAAAGAACUCGUAUAAAGAAAAAAAAUUAAAAUAUUAGCAUAGAGAAUUGCGAGGAGGCCCCGGUGCCAUGUAAAGGUUGAAGUUACCCAAUGUUAAAACUAAUAAGGCACUUUGUGACGUUACUAAAAUUACCUAUCAUGAAGGGUAAUUUUACAUGACACUGGUAUAGGAGGACACAUUUGUAACAGUGAAUAUUUAAUGCCUCUUGCUCUAGCAUGUAGCCAUGGUGGGUAAUGGUCAUGAUGGGUAAUGGUCAUGAU